AUGGAGUUGCGGAAAGAAGUAAAGAAAGAACAAGGAUCCAGCGAGGAUUACGUGAUGAAUGCACUCGCUACUCGUCUACCAGAAUUCGAUCAGAACCCGAGCCCGAGCCCGAACACGGAUACGAUCCAUUUUCUGAUGAAGCAAAUCAUGGAAUUGUGGAAGUCUUGUCGAGAACCCAUGGCUGAACUGACGAAGCAAGAAUCCAACGAAGAGUACAAAGACUACUUGGAACUGCGGAAUCACAUGCAGAUGAUCGACAAAGCCAUGGUACCUCAGAGCACCGACAUUCGCCCUAGACGGGUUCUAGCACCUUCUAACUUCGGAGAGUCCGGCCAAUGCUUUACCAGCUGA